CGGUGCAGGUGGCGAGGCUGCCGGGGUGACUGUGGCAGGGGUGACAGCAGCAGCGAGCGUGCAGCUCACACCGCGUCUGAACUGCUGCGCUGCCUCAGCCCGCUGUUUGUCCUGCUCCGUCCUGCUUUUGCUCUUGAGAAACGUGGCCAGGAGGAGACGGGCUUGCCCCCGAGAGCCCCCCCGGCACCGCACGCAGCGCUUGCUGCCUCGCUUCCGCGCCUGCUUCCCGUGAGGUCCAGCCGCCUGCCCCGCCGCAGCCGUGCCCACGCAGCCUCUCCCGUGAGGGAACGGCGGCGCCGCGAAGGCUUCUCGGAGGGGAGAGAGAGGAAAAGCUUUGUACGCAGAGGCCACCCGGGCUGGAGGGCCGAACUGCCGCCAACAAGCCACCCGUCGAGCAGCCGGUCCCGGGGCCCCGCCCGAGGGGAGGCCGCCCCUGCCCGCCCCGCCCCAGCGGCACCGCCCGCAGCUCCCUCCUCCGGCCGGCAGGCGGCGCCAGCGCGCACCCGGAGAGCGCUCCCGUCGGGCGCCGCCGCUCGCCGCGUGCCGGGGCGGGGCGGGGCGGGCGCGUGCGCGGCGCGGCGGGGCGGGCGGCGGCGGAGCCCACAUGCGCGGGGCUGCGCGCGCGCGGGCGGGCGGGCAGCGCUGGGCCGGGGCGCGGGGGCCGCCGCCGCCAUGGGCAAGAGGCAGAAGAACAAGAGCGACGACAGUGCAAAAGAUGAUAUUGAUAUUGAUGCCCUUGCUGCUGAGAUAGAAGGUGCAGGAGCUGCAAAGGAGCAAGAGCCUCAGAAAUCCAAAGGCAAAAAGAAAAAAGAGAAGAAGAAACAGGACUUUGAUGAAGAUGAUAUCCUGAAGGAACUGGAAGAACUGUCAAUAGAGGCACAAGGAGGGAAAGUUGACAGAGAACCUUCUACAGGAAAGGUUGAAAAUGACAAUGAAGAAAGCUUAUCAAAACAAGAUAAAAAAAGGAAAGGAAAGAAUAAAAAAGCCAAUCUGGAAAAUGACUAUGACAGUGAGGAAGUGGAAGAUAAAGACAAAAAAUCUAAAAAACCUCAGAAGACAAAACAAGACAUGCUUUCUGGCAGUGAUGAUGAUGAUAAUGAGACACAGCUUAAGAAAAGCAAAGGGAAAACUCAGAAGUCAAACAAAAAGCAUGAUCUGUCAGAAGAAGAUGAAACUAGUGUUAAGAAAAGCAAAGAGCGUGCGGGGACACUGUCGACCGGUGAGAGUGGCGAUGAAUCAGAUGAUGUCUCCCAGUCUAGAAAAGGACAAAAGAAAAACCAAAAAACAAAGGCUGCUCCUGCUGCUGAAAGUGGGGACGAUGAAGAGGAACCUUCAUUCAAAGUAAAAACUGUGGCUCAGAAGAAAGCAGAAAAAAAGGAACGUGAAAGGAAAAAACGUGAGGAAGAAAAAGCCAAACUUAGGAAGCAGAAAGAGAAGGAAGAAUUGGAAGGUGGUAAAGAACCAGCAAAGCCAAAGGAAGCUCAGAAAAAAUCUGAAGAGAAGGCUUCUCCUGAAGUCAUGGCAACCCCUGGGGAUAAAGAGACUCCUGCAGGAACAGAGGCUGAUGACAAUGAGGGGGACAAAAAGAAAAAAGACAAGAAAAAGAAGAAAGGUGAGAAGGAAGAAAAAGAGAAAGAGAAGAAGAAGGGUCCCAGUAAAGCUACUGUUAAAGCUAUGCAAGAAGCCCUGGCUAAAAUGAAAGAGGAGGAGGAAAGGGCAAAAAGAGAGGAGGAAGAACGCAUAAGACGACUGGAGGAACUAGAGGCGAAGCGCAAGGAGGAGGAGCGAUUAGAGCAAGAGAGGAAAGAAAGAAAGAAACAGAAGGAAAAAGAGAGGAAGGAGCGUUUGAAGAAGGAGGGAAAGCUUUUAACAAAAUCUCAACGAGAAGCUAGAGCCAGAGCGGAGGCUACUCUUAAACUACUCCAAGCUCAGGGUGUUGAAGUGCCAUCCAAAGACUCUGUGCCAAAGAAAAGGCCAAUAUAUGAAGACAAAAAGAAAAAGAAGCCACAGCAGCUGGAAAAUAAAGAAGAAAGCGUGGAGGUAACUUCUCUGGCUGAAGAUGCUGUAGAACUGGAAACACCAGUAAAAGAAGAGACUCCUCUUCCAGUAGAGCCAGAAGAAAAGGAGGAAGAGGAGGAAACAGAAGAUGCAGGUUUGGAUGACUGGGAAGCUAUGGUUAGUGAUGAAGAUGAACAGAAAGAAAGCAAACCUGUACACAUCGAAGUCAAAGAGCAAAAUGAAGUGGAUGAGGAGGAGGAGGAAGAAGAAGAUGAAGAGGAAGAAGAAGAAGAGAGUGAAGAAUCUGAAGACAGUGAAGGGAGUGAUGAUGAGGAUGAAAAAACUUCAGAUGAGAGGGAAGCAGACUCCCAAGCUAUUGGAAAACAAUCUAUGGAAAAAAAGCCCAGCAAAGAAAUUAGCUCUGAUUCUGAGUACGACUCGGAUGACGACCGCACUAAGGAGGAGCGCGCUUAUGACAAAGCCAAACGGAGAAUUGAGAAGAGACGAGCUGAAAACAGCAAAAAUAUGAACACUGAGAAGCUUCGAGCACCAGUUAUCUGUGUCCUGGGACACGUAGAUACAGGCAAGACCAAAAUUUUAGAUAAGCUCCGACACACGCAUGUCCAGGACAGUGAGGCUGGCGGAAUCACGCAGCAGAUCGGUGCCACCAAUGUUCCCCUUGAAGCUAUUAAUGAGCAAACGAAGAUGGUGAAAAAUUUUGACAGAGAGAACAUAAAAAUUCCAGGCAUGCUGAUAAUCGACACUCCAGGACAUGAGUCUUUCAGUAAUCUAAGAAAUAGAGGAAGCUCACUUUGUGAUAUUGCUAUACUCGUUGUUGACAUCAUGCAUGGUUUGGAGCCACAGACAAUUGAAUCAAUAAACCUGUUGAAAUCUAAGAAAUGCCCUUUUAUAGUAGCUCUCAACAAGAUUGAUAGGUUAUACGACUGGAAAAAAAGUCCAGAUACAGAUGUAGCUGUCACCCUAAAGAAGCAGAAAAAGAAUACAAAAGAUGAAUUUGAAGAACGUGCAAAAGCUAUCAUUGUGGAAUUUGCAAAGCAGGGCUUGAACGCUGCCUUGUUUUAUGAGAAUAAGGAUCCCCGCACUUUUGUUUCUCUUGUACCAACCUCUGCUCACACAGGGGAUGGUAUGGGAAGUCUGAUAGCUCUUCUCGUUGAGCUAACACAAACUAUGCUGACCAAGAGACUGGCUGAAUGUCAGGAGCUGAGAGCUCAAGUCAUGGAGGUUAAAGCACUGCCAGGCAUGGGCACUACCAUAGAUGUUAUUUUGAUUAAUGGACGUCUGAAAGAAGGAGACACCAUUAUUGUUCCUGGGGUAGAAGGUCCUAUAGUAACUCAGAUUAGAGGUCUUUUGCUACCUCCUCCUAUGAAGGAGCUACGAGUUAAGAACCAGUAUGAGAAGCAUAAAGAAGUUGUUGCUGCUCAAGGUGUGAAGAUUCUUGGGAAAGAUUUGGAAAAAACAUUGGCUGGUUUGCCAUUGCUUGUAGCUUAUAAAGAGGAUGAAGUCCCAGUCCUCAAGGAUGAACUAAUACACGAACUGAAGCAAACACUGAAUGCAAUCAAAUUAGAAGAGAAAGGUGUUUAUGUCCAGGCUUCUACUUUAGGCUCUUUAGAAGCAUUACUUGAAUUUCUUAAAACAUCAGAAGUGCCAUAUUCAGGAAUUAAUAUAGGUCCUGUCCAUAAAAAAGAUGUUAUGAAGGCAUCGGUUAUGUUGGAGCAUGACCCACAAUACGCAGUCAUUCUAGCAUUUGAUGUGAGGAUUGAACGCGAUGCUCAGGAAAUGGCUGAUAGUUUAGGAGUUAGAAUUUUUAGUGCUGAAAUAAUUUAUCACUUAUUUGAUGCCUUCACAAAAUAUAGACAAGACUACAAAAAACAGAAACAAGAGGAAUUCAAGCAUAUAGCAGUGUUUCCUUGCAAGAUGAAAAUACUCCCUCAGUUCAUUUUCAACUCUCGCGACCCAAUAGUGAUGGGUGUGGUUGUGGAGGCCGGCCAGGUGAAGCAGGGGACUCCCAUGUGCGUACCUAGCAAAAAUUUUGUUGAAAUUGGAAUAGUUACAAGUAUUGAAAUAAACCAUAAACCAGUGGAGGUUGCAAAAAAAGGCCAAGAAGUAUGUGUUAAAAUAGAACCUAUUCCUGGUGAAUCACCUAAAAUGUACGGACGACACUUUGAAGCAACAGAUAUCCUCGUCAGUAAGAUCAGUCGUCAGUCCAUCGAUGCUCUGAAGGACUGGUUCAGGGAUGAGAUGCAGAAGUCUGACUGGCAGCUUAUAGUAGAGCUGAAGAAAGUGUUUGAAAUCAUCUAGACAACUUUUUACAGCAAUGGGGAGGCAGGAAUAAACACACUAUUGCUGUUAUAAAAGUUACCAACAAAGUCAUAUAUUGAAGACAGUGUUGGAUAUAUGUUUGGGAGGGAAAUAUGUGGAUAAAAUGUUUUCCAUGAGAAACCAAGAGAUUUACACUGGUUUGACAGUGGUCAAUUUACAUGUUCCCAUGGUUCCAAUGUGCCUGUUCACCUCUCCUACUGCCCUUCCUAAUACUGGCUGCUGUUUUAAAGUUUGCCCUUCCUUCUCUUACACCUUCCUUGCACCCUUUUUCUCUCCCUCUCUCCAAAAUAAAAGAAAAUAAAUUGAAUUUUUAUUACAGAACUAAAGCUCUUUCACUUUUAUACUGAUGAGAUCAGUACUGCAGUAUUUGAUUAACCAAGCUUCUGCAGACUUUGUGAUUCUUGGGACAUUUUUGAUGUAAGAAGUACUUCUUUAUUUAUGCAUACCUCUUCCCAUCACUCUUUUCCAACAUUCUUCUGCUUUGUGCCUAUAGAAAUUUUUUUAAAUAGAAAAUUAGGCAAUUGGAUAUUUCUGUAUUUGCUUUGUGUGAAACAAUGAUGUAAAGCAUAGUUGGCCGCCUUCUACUGCUUGUACAGUUCAUGAACGUCGACCUGUAAUCAUUAUAUCGCAGAGCCGCAAAUAAAGGAGAUGGACACAGUAGCCCAUUUGUUUUACAGUUUGCUUCAAUUACCAAAGCCUCACUCCAUGGGCUGUUACAGAUGUGGAAAUGCCAGGCAGAGGCUUUCCUCUCUGGGCUUGGCCAAAUACUGGAGGCAUGUUCCAGCAAAGGUGUUUCUUCCUCUGGCUUCGCUUCCACGUGUGCACUGUGUGUGGUGGUGGGCUCGGUGGCUCUGUCUCAAUUCCAUGUUCCUGGAGCGCUGGAGUUGCAGGUGAGGGGUUUAGCAAGUCACGGUUUCCAGAGGGGCUCUGCUGGGAGGACUUGAGAGGUGGCAUCUCUUCUCCAGCUGCUGCUCAGCCCAGUGGUAAGCACCUGCAAAAUGGUUGGACAUCAGAGCUAUUGAGUCAUCUGACACUGUAGGACUGGACCGUUGGGUUGUUGUUUUGAUGACCAGGAAUCUGUCUGCAAUCCCAGACUUGUCCUGCCCUUCCUUCCCCUGUGGUUCCUUGCUUAGGAUGACAGCUUGAUGCAUCCCUUGUCAGUCUCCUGGUAACUUGCAGUUUGUGGUGAGAGGAGCUAAAAACACUUUUCAAAAAGCACAAGCUGAAACAAAAUCAAUCUUUUAGAUAGCAGAGAUUUUUAGCAUUUAAAAUAUUUACAAGAAUUUAUUUUGCAAUAAGCAGUUUGAUCAGAUUUCUUCUGUCACUUAGCUUUUUUUUGUUGUUGGAAAAAUGUUAUGAUUGGGGUUGUGUGGAUUCCAUUACAAAGGAGCAUUUAAUAACUUGCCUCCUUUGGCAAUGGAAAGUAACUUGCUGCAAUUUUUUUUUUUUUUUUGGUUUGUUAAGACUUUAAACUUGACAUUUAAAAGGACCUUUUCAGUAUGUUUGCUGCAUGGUGCAAAUUCACAUCACUGGGUGCACUGGUGGUUUAGAAUAGAAUGAUCACAGGGAAGAGACUGCAUUUAAUUGUUACUAUUUUCUUUUGCAAACUAUGCAAUCAUGAAAACUACACUAAUAAAAGAAGUUCUUAAGAACUCAGCUGUCAAA